GGAGGUGACCGCGGCCCGCCCGGGGCCACAAGUGGCCGCGCGCGGAGGGAACGCCGGGCGUAGAGAGCAGCGUUGGCCAGGGCUUCCAGGACCACGUCAGAAUGUUCUGCCAGAUGCGUCCUUGAGAGGCUGAAAAGAGUUGUGCAGUAUGGAGGCUGGCUCUGUGGUCCGAGCCAUCUUUGACUUCUGCCCUAGCGUCUCAGAGGAACUGCCGCUCUUCGUGGGAGAUGUCAUUGAGGUGUUGGCCGUGGUGGAUGAGUUUUGGCUUCUGGGAAAGAAGGAAGAUGUUACAGGACAGUUUCCCAGCAGUUUUGUGGAGGUUGUGACGAUCCCCAGUCUGAAGGAGGGGGAGAGUCUGUUUGUUUGCACCUGCGAAUUCACAUCUCGGGAACUGAACAGUCUUUCUCUCCAUCGAGGAGACCUGGUGGUUCUCGAUGGCGCUCCGACUGCAGGAUGGCUGCAGGGCCGAAGCUGUUGGGGUGCCCGGGGCUUCUUCCCAUCGUCCUGUGUUCGUGAGCUGUGUCUGUCCUCUCAGAGCCAACAGUGGCACUCACAGAGUGCAUCGCUUCAGAUUCCAGAAUACUCCAUGGGACAAGCACGGGCCCUCAUGGGGCUGUCUGCCCAGCUGGACGAGGAACUGGACUUCAGGGAAGGAGAUCUGAUUACCAUUAUCGGAGUUCCUGAGCCAGGCUGGUUUGAGGGAGAGCUGGAGGGGCGGAGAGGCAUUUUCCCAGAAGGCUUUGUAGAGCUCUUGGGGCCUUUGAGGACUGUGGAUGAGUCGGUAAAUUCUGGAGGUGGAGACAGCUGCCUUGCCAAUGGUGAUGUGGACAUCUCUACGGAAGAAACAGAAAGUGGGGCCGACGAGGAUGACCACCCAUCGGGGACCUAUGGACUUGCCCUCUACAGAUUCCAAGCCCUGGAGCCCAAUGAGUUGGAUUUCGAGGUUGGGGAUAAAAUCCAGAUUCUGGGGACCUUGGAGGAUGGAUGGCUGGAAGGACGUUUGAAGGGCAGGACAGGUAUCUUUCCCCACCGCUUUGUGAAGCUAUGUCCCGGCACCAGGACAGAGGAAACCGUGGUUCUGCCCCCGGAAGACAGUCUCCCUAAGAACUCUGAAGACCCUGUGGACGGGUUGGAGACCUCAGUGGUGGAGGAGGCACGACUCGAACCACAGGAGCCCGGAGCAGACAGGCCUGACUGGGGUCUGUCUGAACAAACCCCGGCUCGCCUAGGUCAUGGGGUCCCUGCGGGUGUUGUAAAUGAGAACUCUGGCCAGGGUGAUGAUGCCUCAGGAAGCUGCCCAGGUGUGGAUCUUGAUAGGCAUCUUAUUAAAGACCCUUCCACACCUGACCCCUCAGAGACAGUCAAUGGCAUUUAUUCCCAGCCUCGGGGACCUUUUCACCCCCAAAUGCAGAAAAAUCAGUUUUCUUCUCCAGCAGGAGAGAGCCGCCAGAACUCAGACCCAUUCUCUGAGUCUGUCCCUUCUGAAGCCAGGACUAGGGACUACUCUAGCCUGCCUCCCCAAAGAACAUAUGCCCAGGGUAGGUCCCUCCAGAAGCCAGCACCCCCACUCCACAGGGCCUCCUCCCUCGUGGCCUCUAGGAUAGGCAAACCUAGCUACUUAAGCCCUCGGGAUCUAGCCAGCUAUGCUCAGAAGCAUCAACCAUCUGCAGAAAAUGCUUUCGGCCUCUAUUCUGCACCAGAGAGACCAGAGAGGAGGCCUGGGCCACCAGACAAGGGGUCCGCCACAGAAGUAACCACAGCAUCACAGGGGGACAGCAUUGACCUGGAUUCCAAGUUGACCCAGCAGCUGAUCGAGUUUGAGAAGAGCCUGUCCGGGCCCAGCACAGAGUCAGAUAAAAUCGUCCGCCGCUUUUCAAUCAUGGACUUUAACUCUGAGAAGGAUAUUGUCAGAGGUUCCUCAAAGUCGGCGCCAUCACAGGAUCCCCCAGAGAAGAGAAAGGCCCUGAGGCCGCCCCCGCCUAGACCCUGUACCCCGACGCCCACUUCCUCCCACUUGCUGGUUGAUCAGAGCUCCAAACCAGCACCCACCUUGGCUGUGCGGCCCUCCCGCCCAGCUCCCCUGCCUCCUUCUGCGCAGCAGAGGAUGAACUCAGCCUCCCCCAAGCCCACCUUCUGUGCCAGUUGGGAGGCCCCAGAGAAGGAGGGCCCUGAGCACGUGGAGCAGAGCCCAGCCCAGACUUCUCCGUGCCCCUCUGUGCUGGUGAGGAUUCAGGACGUGGAACACGACUUGGACACGUACACCAGGGCUCAGGAGGAGCUGACCUUGAUGUUGGGGGACAAGCAGGAUGAAUCUCUGAGGGCGGAGACUUUGGAGAAUCUCAAGUUCUAUGAGAGCACCAUUCAGAGUCUGAGCCUGGAGCUCCAGCAGCUAAGAGACAUGACACUCCUCUCUUCUCAGUCUUCAUCCCUGGUGGCCCCCUCAGGGUCUGUGUCCCCUGAAAAGCCGGAGCAGAGGAUGCUGGAGAAGAGAGCCAAGGUGGUGGCUGAACUCGUGCAGACGGAAAAAGACUACAUCCGGGAUCUGGAGAUGUGCAUCGAGCGGGUCAUGGUUCCCCUGCAGCAGGCACAGGUACCCAACAUUGAUUUCGAGGGACUUUUCGGAAAUAUGCAGACAGUGAUUAAAGUCUCAAAGCAAUUGUUGGCAGCCUUGGAGAUCAGCGACGCUGUAGGACCCGUGUUUCUUGAUCACCGGGAUGAACUUGAGGGAACGUACAGGGUCUACUGCCAGAACCACGAUGACGCCAUUUCACUGCUUGAAAUCUACGAGAAGGACGAGAAGAUCCAGAAGCAUCUUCAGGACUCCCUGGCAGAUCUUAAGAGCCUGUACAACGAAUGGGGCUGCACCAAUUAUAUCAACCUGGGCUCCUUCCUCAUCAAGCCCGUACAGAGAAUAAUGCGUUACCCACUGCUGCUGAUGGAGUUGCUGAAUUCCACCCCAGAGUCCCACCCGGAUAAGGUCCCUUUAACCAGCGCAGUGCUUGCUGUCAAGGAAAUCAACGUUAACAUCAAUGAGUACAAGCGUCGGAAGGAUCUAGUGCUUAAGUACCGCAAAGGUGAUGACGACAGCCUCAUGGAGAAGAUCUCCAAGCUGAACAUCCACUCCAUCAUCAAGAAGUCCAACCGGGUCAGCAGCCACCUGAAGCACCUCACGGGGUUUGCUCCUCAGCUAAAAGAUGAAGUAUUUGAAGAGACAGAAAAGAACUUCCGGAUGCAGGAGAGACUGAUUAAAUCUUUUAUCCGAGACCUGUCCCUCUACCUCCAGCAUAUCCGGGAAUCUGCGUGUGUGAAGGUGGUGGCAGCCAUGAGCAUGUGGGAUCUGUGUAUGGAGAGGGGACACCAUGACCUGGAGCAGUUCGAGAAGGUGCACCGUUGCAUCAGCGACCAGCUCUUCACGCGCUUUAAGGAGAGGACUGAGCGGCUUGUCAUCAGCCCCUUAAACCAGCUGCUGAGCAUGUUCACGGGGCCCCACAAGCUGGUGCAGAAACGCUUCGACAAGCUUCUGGACUUCUACAACUGCACCGAGCGUGCGGAGAAGCUCAAGGACAAGAAGACUCUGGAGGAGCUUCAGUCAGCCCGGAACAACUACGAAGCCCUGAACGCCCAGCUGCUGGACGAGCUGCCCAAAUUCCAGCAAUACGCCCAGGGCCUCUUUACCAACUGCAUCCACGGCUACGCUGAAGCCCACUGUGACUUCGUGCAGCAGGCGCUGGAGCAGCUGCAGCCCCUGCUGUCGUCACUGAGAGCCACUGAUCGAGAAGGCAACUUGAUUGCCAUCUUCCACGAGGAGCACAGCCGGGCCCUGCAGCAGCUUCAGGUCUUCACCUUCUUCCCCGAGUCCCUCCCUGCUCCCAGGAAGCCCUUUGAGAGGAAAACCACAGACCGCCAGUCAUCCCGGAAGCCCCUUCUUGGCAUGCCGAGCUACAUGCUGCAAUCAGAAGAGCUGCGGGCCUCCCUGCUGGCAAGGUACCCCCCUGAAAAGCUCUUCCAGGUGGAACGGAACUUCAACGCUGCUCAGGACUUGGAUGUCUCCCUUUUGGAAGGCGACCUGGUGGGUGUGAUAAAAAAGAAAGAUCCCAUGGGCAGUCAGAACCGCUGGCUCAUCGACAGUGGAGUCACCAAAGGUUUUGUGUACAGCUCCUUCCUGAAGCCCUACAAUCCUCGGCGCAGCCAUUCGGAUGCCUCUGUGGGCAGCCACUCGUCCACAGAGUCAGAGCAGAGUAGCUCCUCGCCCAGGGUCCAGCGGCAGAACAGCAACAGUGCCUUGACCUUCAACUCCAACAUGACUGUGUCCUUCACCUCAGGGCUUUCCCCAAAGCAGCCCCAGGACGCCUCUUCACUGAAGGAAUGUGACCAAGGAACUCUUGGUCUGUCCUUGAAUGCCGGGAGUGCAGAAACUGGGCCUUCCAGGUGCUUUUCAGACCCAGACUCUACCUGCCAGCUUAGGUCAGGGGACUCUGCAGAUGGUGCCAGAGAUGUAAGCCAACCUGUUUCAACCCUGAGGAGCUGCCAGCGAAGUUCCAGGCAUCCAGACGUAGACUCUGCAGAUGGUGCCAGAGACAUAAGCCAACCUGUUUCAACCCUGAGGGGCUGCCAGCGAAGUUCCAGGCAUCCAGAGGUGGUAGGUUACUCUGUACCAGGGCGAAAUGAACAAGGUAAUGACUUGGUAAAAGGAAGUGCAAGAGCCUAUCCAACUCCAGAAGACAGGAACCCAAGAGCCUAUUCAACUCCAGAAGACAGGAACCCAAGAGCCUAUUCGACUCCAGAAGACAGGAACCCAAGAGCCUACCAGACUCCAGAAGACAGGAACACAAGAGCCUAUCCGACUCCAGAAGACAGAAACACAAGAGCCUAUCCGACUCCAGAAGACAGGAGCAGAGGGCUCAGAAGCAGUGAGACGGAAGGUAACCAGGUCUAUUUUGCCGUCUACACCUUCAAGGCACGAAACCCAAAUGAACUGAGUGUGUCAGCCAAUCAGAGACUCAAGAUCCUUGAGUUUAAAGAUGUCACAGGCAAUACGGAGUGGUGGUUGGCUGAAGUUAACGGGAAGAAGGGCUAUGUCCCUUCCAAUUAUAUCCGGAAAACUGAGUACACCUGAGCCCAGGUUGCCCCCACCCUCCCUUGCUGCCACUUUCAGCCCGCUGAAAGGAUCUGUGGGCCCCAGGCACCCGCUCCUGAGCGCAGGCCCCACCACACUGCCUAUCCAUAACUGGAGUGCAAGCUAAGCUUUGUUCUUGAUUGGGUUGUGCACCGUGAUGCUCGCUAGAAUUUGAAGUGGACCCCAGUGCUUGUCAGUGAUUCCCUGACCACAAGCAGCAGCCAAGUGCUGGUGUUGGCUUUGGGAACUGAGAAGUUCCCAAUCAGAAAAGCAGUAUUGGAUGCAGGAAGCUUGUGCAUCGGUAGUUGCAGCCUCUGUGGUUGACUGAGCAGUCAGCUGAGAGGAAGAGGAGCAUGCUGGGAGAACCCUGCCACCAUGCCUGUGUGCUUGGUAAAGGUUUCAUCACGAUCAUAUUAAACCUGGUGCAUCAAAGUGACUGAGACACCCCCAGUACCUGGCACCCCUUCUCUGAUGUGCUCCCGAUUCCUAGUUCUUGAAAUGCUAACCUGUUCUUUCUCGCUGCUCCUCUGUUAGGUGUUUACAGUCCUCCUUUCCUUUUGACCUUGUGUCUGGAGGGUUCUCUUGCCUUGUCAGACAUGGUCAUCUGCCUCCUUCUGAUACUCAUCGACCUUAUGUAGUCUCUGUGUGAUGUCACCUAACCUUUCUCCCUGUACGCCAUUAACUGACUGACUUUCCUAGACUUCCCUGAAGGCAGCACUCCAGCUGGCCCCUGAAAGUAUUCACUCUGCAGUCAUCUCCAACCGGUUGAGCCUGGAGGAAGCCUGGCUGCCUUUGUCUUCCAUCUGAGCACUCUGCUGCCAUCUAGUGGCGUCCACACAUGCUCACAACAGUCGUGGCUUAUUUGAAGCAGGUACAAUCAGUGGCCACAGAAGCAGCUUGUCUCAGACUUGGAAACGUGUUUUUCUUUCUCUCCAACUGCCAUACUUCAGACAUAAUAUUCAAAGCCAAACAGAUACAAAAGUGCCUAAUGAGACCUCACGCCCAAGGCUGGAAGGUGUGCGCUAAACCUCAUGUGAAGAAAUGGCCAGAGGCUUGUCUCAGCGGGCUCUCAAACUCCAGCUGAGCCCUCUUGGCCCAGCCUUCCAGCAGCUGCUCUUCCAACUGCACAUUUGGCCUUAAAAUCCUGUGAAUCAGGAUGUGCCUGUGGACACCCAAGCCACAGCUUCUGCUCCACUGGUCGGGGCCUCUUAUGAAGUGUUUAUAUUUAGAGAUGUUUAUAUUUAAGUAGCUAUUUUAUAAAUAAAAGUAUU